AUGGCGCCGCGGCUGCUGGCGUGCUUCGGGCGCAGGGGCGGCGCGACGGCGUCGGCGCCGGACGACGCGACGGGCGAGGGCCAGCAGCAGGAGGCGGCCCCGGGGCCUGUGCUGGUGGAGCUGUUCGCGUCGCAGGGGUGCGGGGCGUCGCCCGAGGCGGACGCCGUGGCGGCGCGGCUGGCGCAGGACUCCGGGGACAACGGCGCCGCCGUCGUGGUGCUGGCGUUCCACGUCGACUACUGGGACUACCGCGGGUGGAAGGACCCCUUCGCGUCCAGCGCCUGGACCGUGCGCCAGAAGGCCUACGUGGAGGCGCUCCGCCUCGACACGCUCUUCACGCCGCAGGUCGUCCUGCAGGGCCGCGCGCACUGCGUCGGCACCGAGCAGGACGUGCUCGCGCAGGCCGUCCGCGACGCGCCGCGCUACCCCGCGCCCGCCAUCAAGGUCACGUUCCAGCGGCCGAACCCGGCGACACUGCAGGCGUCCUUCACGGGCACGCUGCGCAGCCGCGUGGAAGGUCCCGGCGGCGCGAGUGUGCUGGUGGCGCUGUACGAGAGCGGGCUGGUGACCGAGUGCGGGCGCGGCGAGAACAAGGGCAAGUCGCUGCUGAACGACUACGUGGUGCGACGCCUGGAGAAGGUGGCCGCCGUGCGGGAGGGCGCCUCGGCGAAGAAGACCGUGUCCGGCACCGUCCAGUUCCCGCUCUGGGACGGAUUCCGCGCCACCAAGUGCGGCCUCGUGCUCUUCGUCCAGAACGCCGCGCUGCAGGUGCUCGGCGUCCAGCACUUCGACCUGCCCGACAACGUCUGA